AUGCGUCUCUCCACCAUCACCGCCCUCUGCGCCCUUGUGCUCCCUACCCUCGCGGGCCCUGUUGCCCUCGCAGCUACGGCAAACGAAGCCAGUGGCAUAGCCAAACGCUGCUGUAUCCUCUGCAUGGGGCCAAACCGCUGCGGCGCCAACGACAAGCGCGAAGUCGUCAGUACUCUUGAAGAAGUCAACGCCGGCUCUGAGCACGAGGAUACCGGUCUUCAGAAACGCUGCUGUAUCCUGUGCAUGGGGCCGAAUCGCUGCGGGGAGAAUGAUAAGCGUGAGGCUGUAGAUACGCUGGAUGAAGUCUUUGCUGCUGGGGUCUAG